AUGGAUAACUUCGCCAGCGAGACCGACAGCGACUAUACCAGUUAUUGGCGGGAUUGGUUCGUCUCGUCUCGCGGCAAUGAGUACUACUGCGAAAUUGAUGAAGACUAUCUGACCGAUCGCUUCAACUUGACUGGCCUUAACACGGAAGUUCAAUACUAUCAGUAUGCGCUCGAUCUUGUGACCGACGUUUUUGACAUGGAGGUCGACGAUGACAUGCGUGAGCAAAUUGAGAAGAGCGCCAGACACCUCUACGGUCUUGUGCAUGCGCGCUACAUUGUCACAACUAGAGGUCUCGCAAAGAUGCUUGACAAGUACAAGUCCGGCACCUUUGGAAAAUGUCCUCGCGUCAUCUGCGACCAACAACACCUCCUACCCAUGGGUCUGCACGACGUUCCUGGCACUUCUACCGUGAAACUCUACUGUGCCAAAUGUGAGGAUAUCUACAACCCCAAGUCAUCGCGUCACAACGCCAUCGACGGCGCCUACUUCGGCACUUCUUUUCACAACAUCCUUUUCCAGGUCUACCCAGCUAUGCUGCCACCCAAGACUCAGAGACGCUAUGAACCUCGCAUCUAUGGCUUCAGGGUUCAUGCUGCUGCUGCGUUGAUGAGAUGGCAAGAAGAGAAGAGGGAGGAGAUGAAGGACAGACUCAGAAAGGGAGGUCUGGAAACUGGCUUCGAGGAGGAAGACGAGGAGCUCGAGGACGAGGACAGUGAUGAGGGCGACGAGAGCAAGGAUGGCAUUGACGACAUGUUUGAAGCCCCAGCUCCUACCGUGCAGUAG